AUGGGUAACUCAACAGUUGGCGAUGACAAUCCCGCGGAGAAGGAGUUUGCUGCCGCCACUUCGGAUCCCGAGGCUGGUCAGGACUCCGUCUCGGGGAAGCCGUGGAUGUACAAGCCUUGGAAGAUUGGCCCUUUAACACUGCCCUGGUUUGCACAUCCGAUGACCCAGCUCGUUCUGGUCUCCUUUGUUUGUUUCCUUUGCCCUGGCAUGUUCAAUGCUGUGAGUGGCCUUGGGGGCGGUGGUCAGGUCGAUGCAACCGAUGUUAACAAGGCCAAUACCGCGUUAUAUAGCACAUUUGCCGUGGUAGGCUUCUUCGCUGGUUCCAUUGCCAAUCGUAUUGGCCUCCGCCUGACUCUUUCUUUUGGUGGAUUUGGAUACUUCCUCUAUGUGGCAUCGCUUCUGUCAUAUAACCAUAACUCCAAUGCCGGCUUCCUGAUCUUUUCUGGCGCUCUGCUCGGUGUCUGUGCUGGGUUGUUGUGGUGUGCCCAGGGAGCCGUUAUGAUGAGCUACCCACGUGAACACGAAAAGGGCAAAUACAUCUCCAUUUUCUGGGUGAUCUUUAACCUCGGUGGCGUGAUUGGCAGUCUGGUACCUCUGGGCCAAAAUCUGCAUUCUACCGCUGGUAGUGUCAAUGAUGGUACUUACAUAGCUUUCAUGGUCCUUAUGGCAGUCGGUUUCGUUCUCGCAUGGGGCUUAUCUGAUUCGAAGUACAUUAUGCGCUCGGACCGUUCACGUGUCAUUGUCAUGAAGAAUCCCUCCUGGAAAUCUGAAUUCAAAGGUCUCCUUGACACCCUGCGCAGUGAUUAUUACAUUGUCCUUAUGUUCCCUCUGUUUUUGUCGAGCAAUUGGUUCUACGGUUACCAUUUCAAUAGCGUCAAUGGCGCCUAUUUCAAUGUCCGCACUAGGUCUCUCAACAGCUGCCUCUAUUGGCUCAUGCAAAUGGUCGGUGCCUUCGUCUUCGGCUUUACUCUGGACAUGAAGUUCUUUUCUCGGUCAAUGCGCGCAAAGAUCAACUUCGCCCUACUCUUUCUUCUCACAUUGGGUGUUUGGGGUGGCGGUUAUGCCUUCCAGAAGCAGUAUACCCGUGCCGACGCGCCGCUUGAUAAGGACUGGUCAGAUAGUGGCUAUGUUGGUCCUAUGUUCCUUUAUAUGUUCUAUGGUUUCUACGAUGCUGCCUUCCAAACCUGCGCUUAUUGGUUUAUGGGAUCGCUUACCAACAACGCCCGCAAACUGGCAAACUUUGCUGGCUUCUACAAGGGAAUUCAGUCCGCUGGCGCUGCGGGAAUGUGGGCCAUGGACCUUGAUAAGGCGCCUUUUAUGACCGAGCUUGCCUCUUGUUGGGGUCUUCUCCUCGGAAGUCUUCUGAUUGCAUCCCCCAUCAUCUUCUUCAAGAUUAAGGACCAUGUAGAUAUCGAAGAAGAUCUCAAAUUCUCCGAUGAAACAGCUCAUGACGUCAUGGGUAACAUCCCUAUGGAAGAACAGACAUCUGGAAAGAGGGAGGAGAAGCGGACGUCUGUCGCUUAA